UAUUGGUCGCAUUUCAUGAAGCCGCACCCUCCAGAAUUAAAAAAAGAGAAAAAGAUUGCAACCCGUGUCCAACUUUUCCCAGUGAGCUGAAAUGAAAACCUCCCGGAAAAGGCAGCAUUUUUUCCUCCUAAAUUAGGAUUUUUUAAUGUGGCUGGGUUGAGCAUGGCGUAAAGUCACACUGAGAAAGAAUCAGCAUCAGUAUUAUAACGGCAUCAUGGCGGAGGGGGAGGAGGCCAUGAGCCAGGAGGACUGGAAGGAGAGAUGCACGCUUCUAGAGGCGCUGCUUGUGAAGUUCAGGGUCCAGAUCGUGAAGAUUCGAGAGCUCACCGCAGACAAGAUUCAGCAGCUGGAGACGCAGGUGAUUGAUGCAGAGAAGCGAGCGUUUGCUGCAAACCAGCAGGUGAGGUGGAUGGAGGAGAAGCUGAAGGCACCAGGAGGACACGUUGGAGACUCUGAAAUGCGUUUGUUUCAGCAGUGCAAGGAACUGCGUGCCUCGCUUCAGGACAAGGAGGAGGUGAUUUCACAGCUGGAGCAGCAGCUGGAGGAGCAGAAACAGAAUAGACUCCAAGAUGUCAAGGCGGUGGAGGAGAAGGCAGCAAAGAUCAAGGAGUGGGUGAUGCUCAGGUUAUCAGAGUUUGAAGGGGAGAAUGCAGCUUUAAGAGAAACCAACAAGCUGCAGGAAGCUCAGAUCUUGGAGCUGCAGAAACAAGUGCAGGCCUUUGAACAAAGGAGCCUCAGUGACAGAGGGGUCCUGUGCAAGACCGGGGAGGCGCAGCGUCUCAGCAGCCUGACGUUCGGUUCCUUUCAGGUGAGGGGUAAAAACCCUCAGGUCCUCACUGGGCCGGCACCAUCUCGGACCCUCAGCCCACAGGAAGAGACGGACACGUUAACAGAGCCGCCUGAGAGGAGCAUUAAACACACAGCCUCUGUGGACACAGAUGGUGACGUGGACAGAACCAACCAAAGUGGGCUUGUUCUUUCACCACGGGAGGAAAGCAAUGCUCCAAAGAGAAGCCCUGAAAAUGUUUCCCAUGGAGGCUCAUGUCUGUCCUCCAGCGCAGCUUCAGAGGGUGAAGGAGUGUGUGAGGCCAAGGGGUUCAGCCGGCCCUGCAGCGAGAACUACCUAACGGCUUCAGAUGACAGCAGCUCUUUGUUUGAUGAUGACAUGCAGCGCGCUGAGCGCCCCGUGUUUGGCCUGGUGGAAAUGUCAGAAGCAGUGGGUGAGGAGGUGGGAAGGAGCACGACUAAGCUGGAGGACUGCACCUCCGAGGAGCUCAACAAACGAUUUCAGUCUCAGAGACUUGACUCCUCAUCGUCCUCCAGUGAGCCGACAACACCAAGCCCCAUCCUCACACCGGCCCCCACACCAAAACGCCCCAACGCACCAAUGGACAACCCAGCUUCCCCUAAACAGCCUCGCCUGAGGACUCCUGCUGGGGCGGGCCUGAGCGUCUCUGUAGUGAAGAAACAUCUGAGCCAACCGCCUGUCGGCAGUGAGGCGGCACAUAGCCAAACACGCAACGCACUCAGCAUGCUCCGCCCCCUCCAGUCACAGGAGAAUGACUUGGACCCGCAGCUGGAGGAUGACAUGGAGACUGAAAGGAUUACGCCUCCCGGCUCAGCUUCAUCUGAGUCCAGGUCUGAGAGGACCGACUGCGACAGCUCAGGGCCCUGCAAGCCCCCCACCCCUCCAUUACACAGACUCCCCUCCUGGGAGAGUCGUAUCUAUGCUGUUGCUAAAUCAGGGAUCAGACUGUCGGACACGUCCUGUUCGGGUCAUCCCAGCAGAGACCUCUCCCUCCAGGCUUCCUAUCCGGCCUUUGUGAUGUACACGUCUCUCAUCCAUAAAAACAUGACCACCCCAGUUUACACAACGCUGAAGGGGAAAGCUACUCUGCUGAGCAGCAGUCCGUUCUCAGAUGAGUCUUCUAGCUCUGAGGAGUCAUCCAGCUCAGGCGAGGAGGACGGCUCCAUCUGCAGCUCCCACACUUCCUCAGGCUCCAGGAAGGACAGCAGCCCAGGAAGCCCGCGUUCCCUGAAAAGAGCCGUCUCUGUGGCCUCCAUGACAUCGGAGAGUGACUAUGCCAUCCCUCCCGAUGCCUAUUCCACUGAUACAGAGUGUUCUGAGCCUGAACAGAAGCUGCCCAAGACCUGCAGCUCAGCCAGCGACAACGGCAAGAGUGAGCCGAUGGAGAAAUCAGGCUAUCUGCAGAAAAUGGUGAAAACCUGGAAGAAAACCUGGAAGAGACGUUGGUUCGUCCUCAAAGAUGGAGAGCUGCUCUACUAUAAGUCACCAAGUGACGUCAUCCGGAAACCUCAGGGCCAGAUUGAAGUAAAUGCUAGCAGCAGCAUCACCCGUGGAGACGGCAAACAGGUUCUGCAGAUCAUGACAGGGAAGCAUGUUUGUUAUCUGAAAGCAGACUCUCCCAACCUGCUGGAGGAGUGGCUGCGGGUCCUCCAGAGUGUCCUCAGGGUGAAAGCUGCAAGUCCUCUGUUCACACAGCCGGAUAUCCGUCCCGCCAUGAAGGGACUGCUCAUCAAGGUGAAGCAUGGCUAUUCAAAGCGGGUCUGGUGUGCUCUAGUUGGCAAAACAUUGUACUACUUCCGGAGCCAAGAGGACAAGUUCCCUCUGGGUCAGAUUAAACUGUGGGAGGCCCGGGUCGAGGAGGUGGACCGGUCAAAAGAGUCGGAUGGUGAACUGAAAGCAUGUGGGCAGAGCCUAGAGGCGGCUCCUUUUACAGUCGCCCUCCAUCCUCAGCAGCAAAGCCCGACCUACUUACUAAUCGAGUCCCAUCAUGAAAAGGAUUCUUGGCUGUACCAUCUGUCUGUGGCAGCAGGUACCAGGGUGGGUAAAGUCGGCACAGAGUUUGAACAGCUGGUGGGAAAACUCUUCCAACUGGAUGGAGAUCUAAAUUCUCCGAUCUGGAGGCAUCCCACCUUGUGUUUCAGUAAGGAGGCUCUCUCCUCUCCUCUCACCACUCUGCCCUCACAGGCCCUGCAAACAGAGGCAGUCAAACUCUUUAAGACCUGCCAGCUUUUCAUCAACGUUGCAAUCGACGCCCCCGCCAUCGACUACCACGUCUCUCUGGCUCAGAGCGCUCUGCAGGUGUGUCUGACCCAUCCGGAGCUUCAGAACGAGUUCUUCUGCCAGCUCAUGAAGCAGACACGCAUGAAGCAGCCGCAAGGCAUUGCAGGACCUCUGCAGGGUUGGCAGUUUCUGGCCCUCUGCGUCGGAUUGUUUCUGCCUCAGCACCCUUUCCUCUGGCUCCUUCAGGUUCACCUGAAGAGACACGGAGACGCCAGGACCGAGGUGGGAAAAUAUGCCAUCUACUGCCAGCGCUCUUUAGAACGCACCCAGCAGAAGGGUGAGAGGCAGGCCCGGCCGUCCCGUAUGGAGAUUCUGUCGAUCCUCUUGAGGAAUCCGUAUCACCACUCUCUGCCUUUCAGUGUCCCCGUGCACUUUCUCAACAACACAUAUCAAGUGGUUAGCUUUGAUGCUUCAACAACUGUAGACGAGUUCCAGACUCGCCUCAAUCAGGACACAGGCAUGAGAAAAACCGGACUUUCCGGCUUCAGCCUUUACACCGACGAUCCCACCGGGCGAGAACUCGAACACUGCUUGUCAGGAAGCAUAAAGAUUUGUGACAUUCUCUCCAAAUGGGAGCAGGCCUCUAAAGAGCAGCACUCUGGAAAGUCUGAAAACACUAGAACCAUCCGCCUUACCUACAAGAACAGGCUGUACUUCUCUCACCAGAUGAGAGGAGAGUCAGAGAGGGAGAGGAUGCUGCUAACUUAUCAGACCAACGAAGCCAUUGUAGCCGGACACUUUCCUGUCAACAAGGAGCUGGCUCUGGAAAUGGCAGCUCUCCUCGCCCAGGUGGAGUUUGGAGAUUUUGACCGCUCCUUCUUUGCUUCUGGCUCAGCCCAAAGUAAAUCCAAUCAGACUUUAAAGCAAGUGUUGGACAGAGUCUACCCUAAGCACUACCGCAGGACCUCGUCUGAGGAACAACAGAGACAACUGAUGCAGUGUCUAUCUGCCCGCUGGGCCUCCCUCAAGGGACGAAGUUCAUCUGAGUGUGUUAGGAUCUACCUGACUGUUGCCAGAAAAUGGCCCUUUUUUGGUGCUAAACUCUUCCAGGCCGAGACUACAACUCCCUCCCCUGAGUCGGGUCGGAGUGUUUGGCUGGCGGUGCACGAGGAUGGGAUCAGUGUUCUGGAGCACAACUCCAUUAAACUGAUGGUGACCCAUCCUUACAAGAACCUGAUGACUUUUGGAGGCUGUAAGGAGGACUUCAUGCUGGUGGUGGGCCACAGCAUCGGUACAAACACCAGCAAAGACAAACCUGCAGAGAAGCAUCUGUUUGCCAUGGAGGCGUCUAAAAUCAGGGAAAUCACCCUCCUCAUCUCCAGUUACAUCAACAGUGCUCAUCAGCAGAAGGCCGCGGCCCACCACCUGUCUGCCCCGGCUCUGAUGGUGGCCCAGCCCAUCAGCCUGAAGAGCAAGGAGCUCAGGAGCAAAUCCCCACCUGCGCUGGGACGCCCAAGCAAGGCCCCUACGCUGCUCUGAUGGACCCCAAAUAAACAGCUUAUAUAUCGAAAAAAGUUUUAUUUGCAGCUGUGACUCCAUUUGUCUCAGUUAUUUUUGCAAAUAGCUUCGGUUGCUGCUGAGAAUGACAGAAAGAGUAAUCUGUGUGGUGUCCUUUGAUAUUACAGGCUGUGUUCAUGGAUAAAAGGCGAGAAGAGGGUUUAACAACUGAUCUGAGUGUAUGUUGGCAUGUGAGAUAGGAGGGUACUGCUAUUUAUUAAUGUUUUUCCUAAACCUCUCAUCAGUCUCUGUUGCGGGGCUGUUUUCCCUCAGUCAA